GCAUUCAAACGUCAACAACUGUUCCGCGGGUUUAACAUGGCGUAACGUAGAACGCUCUAUACUAUAUAUGUCAAUGUAAGAUUACUGUUGGUCAACGUAACUAAAUUACAAAAAAGGAAAGUUUAAAGGAUAAUUGUUCCUGGGUUAUUUUAAGGAUUUAAGGAAUAUAUUUACAAAGAUGGUCUCAAAGUAUACAUUAGCGCUUGCUGCAGUGGUUUUGAUAGUAUACAUUUACCAGACUGAGGCCCAAGAAUCUUCAAACACAGACGUUGCAAAAGAUGAAAAAGCGGUGGAUAAACCUAAACCUGGUGGCGGUAAAGCUGCGCCCCAAGGUGGAAAAGGAAAAGGAAAUGCUCGAGUGAAAUGGCGCAGGCGCAGAAUGCGUAACAGAAAGGGCGGCCCAGGUAAUGGACGUCGGAGAAGGGUCCAGCAAAACAAUAAAAAUAAAGCGGCUGUCAAGAAACCAGUGAAUAAAACAAAUGUAGUUACAACGACGAAAGCGCCAGAAACAACGAAAGCGCCAGCAACGACGCAAGCGCCGGAAACGACGAGGGCGCCAGUUACAACGAAAGCGCCAGUAACGACAAAAGCACCAUUAACGACGAGAGCGCCAGUAACGCAAGAACAAUUAAUAACCAGAAAAGUCAUCCAGAAGACGACGGCUCAGAAAACAACUGCCCCUAAAACAACUCAAGCACAAGAAAGUGAGGCAGAACUAAAACCUACAUGGGAAAAACUCACAAGAAGACCGGCGAAAAAAACUAUGGUUAUAACAAAAGUCACAACCACUGAAGCUGCACCUAAGGCAAACGUUAUAGACCCUCCGAAACUUAGAAUGCAAGAAUUCCUAGCGUCUGGGGUGAAGAAAACGCAGAUUGUCAAGAAAGAACGAGUUCGCAAACCAAACAAUCCAAAAAAGCCUGUUCAAGCAGGUCAGGAUGAUUUUUUCGGCACAUUUUUCGCAGAUGAAGACGUAACAACCACAGAACCGACCAAUAAUGAACCGCCCCCGGCUUUUGACCCCAACAAACCGCCCCCGAAAAAGGUCAAGCCGAUUGUCAAUGUGGAUAAUUCAACUUCUCAUGACGGUUUAGCAUGCAAUGAGACGUACAAAUCCCACGACACAGACCCAACGAAGUACAUGAUGUUGUCUGAGGUUUGGCUGGAGUUGCGCUGUGCACCCACCCGCUUCGGAGGUUCACUGGUCUGGCGACAGGACCUGUGCUCUUGCGGCGAGAAGUUGAUCGCGCAGGAUCCCAAUGACUGGUGUGCCCAAAUUGGCUUUGUGCCACACACUGACCAAAAUAAAUAUAUGCGGCAAACCCACGGUAGCAAUGCUGUCAUGGACUGUACGGCCAGCCUGGUCUGGUCCCAGGAGAAGUGCGCCUGUAUAUACGACCCAGCAAACGCUGAAAGGCCAAUUGAAGCGAAAGCACAGGUGAAGUGCAAACAGAUCCUAGAGCUUAAGUUUGAGAAUGACUUGCAGAACUCCGCGCAAGGCUACCACGUGCAACUUGUGGAGCUGAAGAGACGCGGAAAGCUGCCGAGGAUAAGAUACAGGAAGGUUCCGGGCUCAACGGACAAAGCUGCAAUGAUUGUGAGCCAGCCUUUAGAAUUUCUUUCAUUUCGAGGAAACGAUUUUCAAAAGCAAGUGACAUACGCAGCUAGUUUUAAAAUUUCCCCGAGACAUAAGACUAAAACAAACUUCAUGGUGCUAUAUACCGACGAGUGUAUUGGUAAUCAAGGCGGGAAAAACAAGGGGAGGAAACCAAGCAUUAUGUUGGCCUUCCAGCCAAGCACACAAAUGUUCAACCUGCAGUUCAGAACAGGAUUGGUAGAGAUUGAUACAAAUAUAACAGGCGCAAAACCAGAUGAGUUUGGAUGGUUUAGAACAGUGGUUUAUUUUGAAGACCAAACGGUGAAUAUGGAGUCAAAUGGAGUUCUGCUUUUCUCCCAAAAAGAUGUACAAGGAAAGAUCCCCCAAAAUAAAUGUCCUCUGUAUAUUGCUGGUAGAGGACAGGGGUAUGACCGAUCACAAGACUUCUAUGGAUAUCUGGACAACGUCAACCUUGUUAAAGACUGCAAAUUCCAUGAAGCGAACAUCAAAAUCCUUUAACAUUCUAUAAAUGUUUUAACCCACCUCAAAAUUGUAUAUCUUUUUGUAUGUGAAAACUUAUUAAAUUUCUAAAAGACUCC